AUGUCGAAGGAUGCUCAGCAAAGGACUGACACUCACACAUGCCAGAGGUCGGAGCGUACUGCCGACAGCAUGGCCGGCACCAGCGACAUAGAGCUGCACUUCGGCGUGGACUCGAUGCGGGCCAGCUCCGCGUUGUUGCGCGCAGCAUCCCCGGUGUUUGAUGGCAUGCUCGGAGCCGGCAUGGCAGAGGCCCAGCAGCGUGUCAUUAAGGUGGAAGUGGCCUCAAAGACAGACUUUGAGUUGUUCUACAGGUUGCUUUUUCCUGCAUCGAGAAAGGGCAAGGUCGGCAAGAAGAACGUCGACGCUCUCCUGGCCAUCAGCGACUACUACCAAGUCGAUUUCCUCAAGGAGGCCUGUGAGAAGAAGCUUCUUAGACUGCCAGCGACGGUGGACCGAUUAAUCCAAGCCCACAAGCAUGGCCUUAAGCGCCAGUACCAGCGCUGCCUUUCUGCCUUGGCCUUGGAGAGUAAGGCAGAGGAUAUGGCAAGGAUCCGUCACUUCUCAGCAGACAUCUUGUUGGACUUGGUGGUGAGGGGUCAGGAGGUUCGCACCCAGAAUCUGCAGAUCCUGCGGUUGGAGAUCACGAGCCUCCAGCGCACGGCUGUGGAUAGCAUGAAGCCGGUCCCCUCCGACCUUGGACCUGCGAGCAUCUGGAACCUGACCUUUGCCAAGGAUCGGGAUCGCGGGCAGCACUUUGACGAUGCCACCGUCAGAGAUCUCAGCAAGUUCAAGCGGGAGCUGAGCCAGAAGCUGUCGCAUGUGUUGCAGCUGCUGCGGUGA